AUGAAUCGAGCAAAAUCAGUAGCAUCAACAAUGGAUGAUAUGGCAUGUCCCCGUUGUUUAACAACAAAAUACCGAAAUCCAUCUCUUAAAUUGAUGGUCAAUGUUUGUGGGCAUACACUAUGUGAAAGCUGUGUGGAUUUGCUAUUUUUAAAAGGCUCUGGAUCCUGUCCAGAAUGUUUCAUACCUUUGCGAAGAGGUAAUUUUAGGAUUCAAAUGUUUGAAGAUUCCAUGGUAGAAAAAGAAGUGGACAUAAGAAAGCGUAUCUUACGUGAUUACAAUAAAAGAGAAGAGGAUUUUGCAACAACUCGAGAGUACAAUGAUUACCUGGAAGAAAUAGAAACAAUUAUUUAUAAUUUGUCUAAUGAUAUUGACAUACUGGAGACAAAUAAAAAAAUAGAGCAGUAUAAAAAAGAAAAUAAAGAUCAAAUUAAUAAAAAUAGAAUGAAAUUAGGUAGAUCUGAAAGUGAAUUACAAGAUUUAUUACUUUUAGAAAAGCAACGUGAAGAAGAACGUAAAUUACAGCUUGUUCGUGAAGAAAUGGAAGUUAAAAAACAAAAAAUACGCGACAAAGAAGCGCUUAUAGAUGAAUUAAUGUUUUCUGAAGGAAAUGCUAAAAAUAUUGUUGAAACAUUCGCUAGUUCUAUGCAAACAGCUGCGGAAAAAGCUAAGAAAGUUGCACCAAUACCUAAAGCUACACAAUUUAGUACGGGGAUACAAUUUGGCACGCAAGGAACUCAAGGAUUUUUACCAAUUCCAAAACAAGAAGAAGGGCCAAUGUUUUCGUAUGUACCUAUUGAGCAAAAAUCAGAAGGACCUCCGGCACCAACUUGGCAGCAAGUUUAUUCUGAUGGAUAUAUUAAUCACGUACGUGCUGAAACAAAAGUCGACAAGGCUGGAGGAUUUAAAGCAACCAUUGCGUGUCUAAGAGCUCUUCAAGAAGCUAUGGCUGGCUUGUAUUAUAAUCCUCCACGAUCUGCUAAUUAA